GUGAGUUGAUCCUUCUUCGAAGUGCGAACGCUCGUCUCGAUACAGAAGAGCCGGAGGUCUCUGCCAGGGACAUUGAUCGAAACAAACCCUAAAGAGGGAAAAGAGAAAGAAAGAAGAGGAUGUUGAGAGUAGCUGGGAGGAAGCUCACUUCUCUGCCAUGGAGAUUGUCUCCGACAACCUCCACGUUCCUAUCUCGAAACCAAUUCCUUAGCGGCGGCGAUUCUGUCUCCGAUGGCACUUCUUCCAGAUCCACCUACUAUGCUGAUUCUUGCCUUCGAGAUCUAAUCAGAGGGUUUUCUUCUCAAGCCCUCACACCAGGACAUGACACAGGUGUGCUGUCACACCUGCCAGCUACUGUGGAAGCGGUGAAGAACCCUACCCCAAAAAUUACCUACGAUGAGUACAACCAUGAGCGUUUUCCCCCUGGUGACCCCAGCAAACGUGCAUUUGCCUAUUUUGUCUUAUCGGGAGGGAGGUUCGUGUAUGCCUCGUUGAUUCGUCUUUUGGUCCUAAAGUUUGUGCUGAGCAUGUCUGCCAGCAAAGAUGUCCUUGCCCUUGCUUCUCUUGAGGUUGACCUAUCCAGUAUUGAGCCUGGGUCCACUGUCACAGUCAAGUGGCGUGGCAAACCGGUUUUCAUCAAGCGUCGGACUGAGGAUGAUAUUAAGCUGGCCAACAGUGUCGAUCUUGCUUCUCUUCGUGACCCACAGGAAGAUUCUGCAAGGGUUAAGAAUCCAGAAUGGCUCAUUGUCAUCGGGGUCUGUACCCAUCUGGGGUGCAUUCCUUUACCAAAUGCUGGCGACUAUGGCGGCUGGUUUUGCCCGUGUCAUGGCUCGCACUAUGACGUCUCUGGCAGGAUCCGCAAGGGGCCUGCACCAUACAAUCUGGAGGUGCCCACUUACAGCUUCCUUGAGGAGAACAAGUUGAUGGUAGGGUAAGAAUUGUUAGGGAAUUACUUUUCUGAAGCAUUUUUUCAUGGUGACAUGUCAUCAAUCAUAAUAGACGUACUCCUCUGCAGCUGAUGAAGUUGGAUGAUUGAUUUUUCGACUUUUUUUGUUUUCUUUCCUUCUGUUCACCAAAUGAUAUUUAUAUUUGGAAAUUGCAUCUGCUGCCUGCAUUGGUCUGGCUCUGAUGUUAUGAAUAAUACAACUGAAAUUGUAUCUGCUGCCUGCAUUGACUCUUGA